UGCACACUUUAUGAAAGGCGUUUUCUCUUGGAUUGAACAGGCACUGUGUUUGUGUGUGGUGUUCAAGGGAGAAAAUGAAUCACUGUAAUGUUGGGUAAGGAUUUAGGGUGUUGUGUUUGUCCCAUGCAAGUACAUAAACACAUCAGAACUCACUGGAAACAUAAGAGGCGGGCACAGAGUGCUUCGGUGGCCCUCAACAUCGGAGCACAUUUUCCAUAUGUCGACCUCUCUGGGUUCUGCCCUCUCACAGCCGUUCUCCAAGUCCGGAGGAAAGUUUGAGGUUUUUUGCAUUUCUGUUUGUGGUCCGGGAAAAGGCUUAUGAUCUGAGGGCUCCAUCCAGCGAAAUAACACCGCCUUUAUACACAUUGCUUCGCACGGAGGCCGGAGUUGGAAGCAGCCGUUGUGAAACGUUAAGGAUUUUCUGGCAGUGGGGAAGGGAUUUUUUUUUCCCCUUCCUCCCUCCCUGCCGAGGAAAAACAGUUCUAAGGAGAGUCACUUUGUAGUUGUAACUCUCAUUCACAGACUCCCAGCCCUAGAAGCUCUGCAUCCCCUAGGAGUCGACUGCUGUGUGGUCUGCAGGUACUUUCUCCUGGGUCCUCACCCACCUGGCUCAUGAGUUUGCAGAAGCGCAUCUUCGCUAGGAGAGAGGCAGGGACUCAUGCAGUGGCAUCUAAGCCCAGUUCAGCUGCCAUUCAUCAGCCAAAGUCCAGAGACCAGGAGAGGAAGAAGCGUGGCUUCACUUCCUCUCUGAGGAUGGAGCCCCACGGCCACGCCGGAAAGAGCCGAAAAUCCACCAAAUUCCGCUCCAUCUCCCGCUCUCUGAUCCUCUGUAAUGCCAAGCCCAGUGACGACAGCUCCAGCCCCGAUGAGAAGUAUCCAGAUCCUCUGGAGUUUUCGCUGGGCCAGGGUAAGGAGGGGCUCCUCCAUUCCUCCACACAACUCGCAGACACGUCAGAGGCUGGGCUCAACAAUAUUCCAGAUCUGGCCCUGGCCUCAGAGGCUGCUCAACUCCAAGCAGUUGGGAACGACCGAGGCAAGCACUGUAGGAGGAUGUUCUUCAUGAAGGAAUCUUCUACAGCUUCCUCUAAAGAAAAGCCUGGAAAACUAGAAGCACAAAGUAGCAGCUUCCUGUUUCCUAAAGUUUGCCACCAAAGGACACGCAGCAACUCUACCAGUGUUAACCCAUAUUGCUCAGGAGAAACUGAUUUUCCAAUGACCAAGAAAUCUGCAGUUUCUACAGACAGGCAGCCUUACUCUCUCUGCAGUAACAGGAAGUCCCUCUCUCAACAACUGGACUGUCCAGUUUCGGGCACUUCAAGACCAACUCGGUCACUGAGCACGGCUCAGCUCGGGCAGCUCUCUGGGGGUCUGCAGGCUUCCGUCAUCUCCAACAUCGUGCUAAUGAAAGGCCAGGCAAAGGGCCUGGGCUUUAGCAUCGUUGGGGGCAAGGACAGCAUUUAUGGCCCCAUUGGGAUUUAUGUCAAAACCAUCUUUGCAGGAGGAGCUGCGGCCGCUGAUGGAAGGCUACGGGAAGGUGAUGAAAUUUUAGAACUCAAUGGUGAAUCGAUGGCUGGCCUAACACAUCAGGAUGCUUUGCAGAAAUUCAAGCAAGCUAAGAAGGGGCUGCUGACCCUGACGGUGAGGACCCGCCUGACAGCGCCUCCCUCGCUGUGCAGCCACCUGUCACCGCCACUCUGCCGCUCCCUGAGCUCCAGCACCUGUGGUGCCCAGGACAGCAGCCCCUUCUCCUUGGAAAGCCCAGCGUCCCUUGUCAGUACUGCCAAGCCCAACUACAGAAUCAUGGUGGAGGUUUCUCUGAAGAAAGAGGCUGGUGUCGGCCUGGGAAUCGGCCUGUGCAGUGUCCCGUAUUUCCAGUGCAUCUCGGGCAUCUUUGUUCACACUCUCUCACCAGGAUCUGUGGCUCAUCUCGAUGGACGACUGCGGUGUGGUGAUGAGAUUGUGGAAAUCAACGAUUCUCCAGUGCACUACAUGACCCUCAAUGAAGUCUAUGCAAUCUUGAGUCACUGUGAGCCUGGCCCAGUCCCCAUCAUCGUCAGCCGACAUCCAGACCCACAGGUUUCUGAACAGCAACUCAAGGAAGCUGUGGCUCAGGCUGUGGAGGGCAUCAAAUUUGGAAAGGAGAGGCACCAGUGGAGUUUGGAAGGUGUCAAAAGGCUGGAGAGCAGCUGGCAUGGACGGCCCAGCACAGAGAAGGAUCGUGAGAAGCACUCGGCGCCCCCACAUCGCAGGGCCCAGAAGAUCAUGGUCCGCUCCAGCAGUGACAGCAGCUAUAUGUCUGGAUCACCAGGGGGAAGUCCCUGCAGCGCAGGUGCGGAGCCACAGCCCUCUGAGAGGGAAGGCAUCACACACAGCCCCAGCUUGCCCCCUGGCCAGGAGCAAAAGCCGUGUCCUGGGGUCUCAUCCAGGCCUCCCCAGGAGAGCCCACCCAUUCCUGAGAGUCUGGACAGAGACAGCCAUCCUCCACUGAGACUGAAGAAAUCCUUUGAGAUUUUGGUGAGAAAGCCAACAUCCUCCAAACCCAAGCCUCCACCCAGAAAAUACUUUAAAAGUGGCAGCGAGCCUCAGAAGAGUCUGGAAGAGAAAGAGAAGGUCACAGGCCCUUCUGGGCACACCUUGUCCCCCUGCACCCAGGAAACCAGAGAGCUGCUGCCACUGCUACUGCCACAGGAAGACUCAGCAGGGAGAAACCCCUGCACCACUGCCUGCUGCCCAGGACCUGCAGUCAGCUCACAGACUGUGUCCUGCAAGGAGGGAGAGCCACAGAGAAGAGCCAGCCCAGUGACCCAAGUGUCCCCAGCAAAACACCCCCUGCUGAAGAGGCAGGCGCGGAUGGACUAUAGCUUUGAUACCACAGCUGAAGACCCUUGGGUUAGAAUUUCUGACUGCAUCAAAAACUUAUUUAGCCCCAUUAUGAGUGAGAACCACAGCCAUAUGCCACUACAGCCCAACGCCAGCCUGGGUGAAGAAGAUGGAACACAGGACCACCCAGAGGGGCUCCUGUCAAAACUGGACACUGCCAACCAUGCUCCCAAAGUUUACAAGUCAGCAGAUGGUAGCUCUGUGAAGAAGGGGCCCCCAGUGGCCCCCAAGCCAGCCUGGUUUCGUCAAAGCUUGAAAGGUCUGAGGAAUCGAGUCCCAGAUCCCCGAAGACUCCCAGAAGUAGCCUCGUCCACCCAGCCAGCACCUGUUUCCAGAGAGUCCCCAGGGCCACACCUGCAGGCCUCCUCCUCCAUCAAGCAAAGAAUUAGCUCCUUUGAAAAUUUUGGCUCUUCACAACUGCCGGACAGGGGAAUCCAGAGACUGAGCCUACAGCCCAGCUCUGGGGAAACCCUCAAGCCUCCAGCAAAGCAAGAGGGUGGACGGUUUUCUGGUUUUGUAGGGCGAGGGUCUCUAGUCUCUGCUAAGCACAGGCAGGCAGAGCUAGAGCAGAUGCCCACAGGCUUUCCCCUUGCCUCAGAGGUCAGGGACCCAGGUGUGUCUGAGUCUCCUCCCCCAGGGCAGCAGCCCAACCCAAAAGUCCUCUCCCCAGACCCAGACCCUCUCCUGAAGCUGCUGGCUACACAGAUUGACACUCAAGGUCCAUCCCUCAAGAUGCCGAGCCAGCGGGCGCGGAGCUUCCCUCUGACCAGGACCCAGUCCUGUGAGACCAAACUACUGGAUGAAAAGACCAGCAAGCUUUACUCCAUCAGCAGUCAGGUAUCGUCAGCUGUCAUGAAAUCUCUGCUGUGCCUUCCAUCUUCAGUCUCCUGUGGCCAGACCACCUGUGUCCCCAAGGAAAGGAUGUCUCCAAAGUCACCUUCCCAUGACUCAGCUGCAGAGGGUCUUGCUGAAGCCGCUGCCUCCGACACAGGGUUCUCCCUCAACCUUUCAGAGCUGAGAGAAUAUUCAGAAGGCCUCACUGAGCCCAGGGAAGCUGAGGACCGGGAGCACUGUUCUCAGCCUAGCCAGUCAGUUAUCUCCCUGUUGAGCUCAGAAGAACUGAAAAAACUCAUCGAGGAAGUGAGAGUUCUGGAUGAAGCGACUCUGAAGCAAUUAGACAGCAUUCAUGUCACCAUUUUACACAAGGAAGAAGGCGCUGGCCUUGGGUUUAGCUUGGCAGGAGGAGCGGACCUAGAAAACAAGGUGAUCACGGUUCACAGAGUAUUUCCAAAUGGACUGGCCUCCCAGGAAGGCACAAUUCAGAAGGGCAAUGAGGUUCUUUCUAUCAAUGGCAAAUCCCUGAAGGGGGCCACUCAUAACGAUGCCCUAGCCAUCCUCCGCCAAGCUCGGGACCCACGGCAAGCUGUGAUUGUCACGAGGAGGGUGACCCUGGAGGCUACGUAUGACCUGAACUCCUCCACUGACUCUGCAGCAUCAGCUUUGUCAGUCAGUGAUGUUUCUGUAGAAUCUGCUGAGGCCAUUGUCUGCACAGUGACACUGGAGAAGACCUCGGCAGGGCUGGGCUUCAGCCUGGAGGGAGGGAAGGGCUCUCUGCAUGGAGACAAGCCUCUCACCAUCAACAGGAUUUUCAAAGGGACAGAACAGAGUGAGACAGUCCAGCCGGGAGAUGAAAUCUUGCAGCUGGCCGGCACUGCUGCCCAGGGCCUCACACGGUUUGAAGCUUGGAAUGUAAUCAAGGCAUUACCUGAUGGACCUGUCACUGUUAUCAUCAGAAGGAAAGGCCUCCAGUACAAGGGGACAACAGCUGCUGGAGACUCCUAGGCAGCAUUCCCAUGCUAAGACAAGAAAGAGCGCGAAGUUCCCAUAACUGCUGAUUCUCAGGGUCUCUGCUGCCCACCUCACCCAGGCUGGGGAAAGCUCAGGUGUGCUUCAGGUAGCUGCUGCUCAGGGCUGGAUCUUUCAGACACCGCCUACCAAGAGGGCUGUCCUAAAUGUCAGGACAGAGUCACACCCGGGUGGUGGAUACAAACUGUAGGCUGUAUAUAACUUAGUGAUAAUGUUCUGGUGCCAUAAUAAAACAGAUGUAUUGAAGUUUGCUAUGACACCCACACCCUGAUUCAGUCUCCCAAGUACUGUGAGAUCCACUCCAUAGCAGCAAAUUUUUCUUAUGCCUCUGUGGGGUGGGCAGAACUUGGAGGCCAGUGCCUCUCUGUCCCAAUUGUCAUCAUCCGGAAUAGCUCAAGGCUGGGCUGGGGCCCACGAAGGGCCAUUGUUUGUGUCUCUAGGUGCUGGUGUUGGCUGAUGGCUGGGGAUGUCUCUUUGUGGCCUGAGCUUUAUGGUGCCUGACUCCUUGGUGUGCAACCCAGACGUGCGAGACCCAGGCAGGGGCAGCUUCUUCUUGAUGUUCCACCUCGAAGUCUCAUAGCAUCGUUCCCACUAUACUCUUGGGUUUGGAGGGAGGAGAAAUACUGUUGGGGCAUUUUUGGAAAAUAUAGCCCAUUACAUAGAACAGUUGCAAAA